ACAGAGGAGGAGGAGGAGAAGGAGGAGGAGGAGGAGAACUAGAGCGUUUUCUGUGUCUCCACGGUGGCGGUGUUGUCUUUGUGCUUCAUUACGCCGACAGACAUCUCCACCUGCAGACCUCAGCGACUGUUUACGACUCGUUUAAACGCGACUUUCUGCGCAAAAAAUAAAAAAAGGCCCGCACGCGCCGUCAGUGCCCAGUGCCGCACUUGCCCCGGAACAUGGACAACAAAGACUGAUCCGACAGAACCAGGCUGCGCACCGACGCACAAACUAGGACUUUAUAUAGAACCCAGUCUGCGCUGCACACAGGAGGCAGCCGGUGCAAAACAAGAGGGGUUUGUGCGCCUGUUUUUUUGUUUUGUUUGUUUGUUUUUUGCUUGUGGGCUGACACAGGCCUAUAGCUAUAACGAUCCGAUCCGGUCCGUGCCAAAGCUGGUUUAAUUAUAGAAACGCUCGUCUGCGCGUCUUACUUUCGGUCGGACAUCUGACAGUAGAUGAUAUUAAGGCGUGUGGGGGGGGGGAUCGAACAGGACGGUAUCAGGCCUCCAUCUGUGUGUGUUUUUUUUUUUUUUUUUUUUUUUUAACAGUUAAGUAAUCCUCCGCUGAACACCAUCACACAUCCACGUCCUGACCAGUUGGAUGGUCUCUGUGUGUUCAAUGAGACCUUAAAAUCACAGGAAUUAUGUGGGUCAGUCCCGAAGAUGUGUUACUGGCGGGCGCGUUAUGGAUCACCGAAAGAGCGAAUCCGUAUUUUAUCCUCCAGAAACGGAAGGGCCACGGGGAUGGAGGCGGAGGACUAGCGGGUUUGCUGGUUGGGACUCUGGAUGUGGUUCUAGACUCUAGUGCUCGCGUGGCCCCGUACAGGAUCCUGUACCAGACUCCAGACUCUUUAGGUUACUGGAUCAUUGCUCAUGGAACCUCCCGUAAAGAGAUCACAGAGCACUGGGAGUGGCUGGAGCAUAACCUGCUGCAGACGCUCUCCAUCUUUGAGAAUGAGAAUGACAUUACCACUUUUGUUAAAGGAAAAGUCCAGGGUAUCAUCGCAGAAUACAACAAAAACCAUGACGUCAAAGAGGACGACGACACAGACAAGUUCAAAGAGGCCAGCGCUAAGUUUCGUAAACUGUUUGGGAUGCCGGAGGAGGAGAAGCUGGUCAACUACUACUCCUGCAGCUACUGGAAAGGCAAAGUGCCUCGACAGGGCUGGCUCUACCUCAGCAUCAACCACCUGUGCUUCUAUUCCUACUUAUUAGGAAAAGAAGCCAAACUGGUGGUGCGUUGGGCUGAUAUCACCCAACUAGAGAAGAGUGCCACCCUCCUGCUGCCUGAUGUAAUCAAGGUGAGCACCCGCAGCAACGAGCACGUCUUCUCCGUCUUCCUCAACAUCAACGAGACCUUCAAGCUGGCAGAGCAGCUGGCAAACAUCGCCAUGCGACAGCUACUGGACAACAAAGGCUUUGAACAGGAUCGCUCACUGCCCAAACUGAAGAAGAAGUCGCCUAAGAAGGUGUCUGCACUGAAGAGGGAUCUGGACGCAAGAGCUAAGAGUGAGCGUUAUCGUGCCCUUUUUCGUUUGCCUAAAGAUGAAAAGCUGGACGGACACACGGACUGCACGCUGUGGACUCCCUUUAAUAAGAUGCACAUCCUGGGACAGAUGUUUGUUUCCACCAACUACAUCUGCUUCACCAGCAAAGAAGAAACGAUGUGCAGCCUCAUCAUCCCCCUUCGCGAGGUAACCAUCGUAGAGAAAGCGGAUAGUUCCAAUGUGUUACCCAGCCCUCUGUCCAUCAGCACCAAGAAUCGCAUGACCUUCCUGUUCGCCAACCUUAAGGACCGAGACUUCCUGGUCCAGAGGAUCUCCGACUUCCUGCAGCAGACCACCUCCAAGAUCUACCUGGAGAGGGAGCUUACCGGCAGCCUGAACAGCUCAGAUGAUGAGGUUUACUCGCAGCAUGGAUCCCUACUGUCCAGCAGCCCACAGCACAGUUUAGGCUCGGAGGGCGAGCGCACCUUUAACCUGAACGACAGCAGUGUCCCCACAGCCACACAGGCGCUCAUGACCAUGUACCGCCGCCGUUCACCUGAAGAGUUCAACCCAAAGCUGGCUAAGGAGUUCCUAAAGGAGCAGGCAUGGAAGAACCACUUCACCGAGUACGGACAGGGAGUGUGUAUGUACCGCACUGAGAAGACCAAGGAGCUGGUCCUCAAGGGAAUCCCUGAGAAUAUGAGAGGGGAAUUAUGGCUGCUCUUCUCUGGUGCGAUCAACGAGAUGGCCACCCACCCUGGGUACUACGAGGACCUGGUGGAGAAGUCGAUGGGAAAAUACAACCUAGCGACAGAGGAGAUUGAGAGGGACUUGCACCGCUCUCUGCCUGAACAUCCUGCCUUUCAGAAUGAGAUGGGCAUCGCUGCCCUCCGGAGGGUCCUGACCGCCUACGCAUUCAGAAACCCCAACAUCGGAUACUGUCAGGCCAUGAAUAUUGUAACAUCAGUGUUGUUGCUUUACGCCAAAGAAGAGGAGGCUUUUUGGCUGCUUGUGGCGCUUUGUGAGAGGAUGUUGCCUGACUACUACAACACCAGAGUCGUAGGAGCUCUGGUGGAUCAGGGGGUAUUUGAGGAACUGGCCCGGGAGUACGUUCCCCAGCUGUACGACUGCAUGCAGGACCUGGGGGUCAUCUCCACCAUUUCUCUGUCCUGGUUCCUCACCCUCUUCCUGUCGGUCAUGCCGUUCGAGAGCGCGGUGGUGGUGGUGGACUGCUUCUUCUACGACGGCAUCAAGGUCAUCUUUCAGUUGGCGCUCUCCGUGCUGCACGCUAACAUCCACCAGCUGCUGGGCUGCAAAGACGACGGCGAGGCCAUGACUGUACUGGGCAGGUACUUGGACAGUGUAACCAAUAAGGACAGCACCCUCCCUCCCAUCCCCCACCUGCACUCUUUACUGACAGACAAUGGAGAACCACAUCCAGAGGUGGACAUCUUCAAACUGGUCCGCAGCUCCUAUGAGAAAUUUGGCUCGAUCCGUGCAGAUGUGAUUGAACAGAUGCGCUUUAAACAGCGGCUGCGGGUCAUACAGACAAUUGAAGAUACAACUAAACGCAACGUGGUCAGAACUAUUGUAACAGAGACUGCCUUCACUAUCGAUGAGCUGGAGGAGCUUUACGUUCUCUUCAAGGCUGAGCACCUAACCAGCUGUUACUGGGGCGGCAGCAGUAACCCCACGGAGCGCCACGACCCCAGCCUGCCCUACCUGGAGCAGUACCGCAUCGAUGUGGAGCAGUUCAAGGGCCUCUUCAACCUGCUGUUCCCCUGGGCCAACGGGGCCCACUCGGACCCACUGGCGCUGCGCUUCUUCAGGCUUCUGGACCAAAACGGAGACGCCCUCAUCAACUUCCGAGAGUUCAUCAGCGGACUGGGUGUUCUUUGUCAUGGGGAUCUCACUGAGAAGCUCAAACUCCUCUACAAAAUGCACGUUUUACCAGAGAUCACUCAUGAACAGGAAGAACCCGACUCUGCCUUUGAGGCCACCCAGUACUUCUUUGAAGACAUCACACCAGAAACAUCCAUUGGCCAUGACUCCAAGUGCAGAAGUGAGAAGGAUGAUGGCUUUGUCCGAGUUACAUUUAAGACUGAGAAAGUGAAGAAACUGAACACUCCUGAAUAUCGUCAUUACCUGAGACUGUGGAACCAGGAGAGCAGGUCCAAACUGGAGAACACAAAGGACCUGCCAAAGCUCAAUCAGAGCCAGUUCAUCGAACUCUGCAAGACGCUCUACAGCAUGUUCAGCGAGGAUGUGGCAGAGCAGGAGCUGUAUCACGCCACAGCCACGGUCACCAGUCUGCUGCUGGAAAUGGGGGAGGUGGGGAAGCUCUUCUCCUCCGCUGCGAGAAAGGACAACAAUCCAGAGACUAAAUCAGAAACAAGCGUGUGCAUGAGGGAUCUUACAAACCCCAAACCGAUGCAGGAAGCGAGUCCUGAUGCAGUGUUUCAGCAGCAGGACCAGGACCAGGUGCAGAUGUUUGUCCCCACCUGCCUGGAGAACAAGUCCAGCCCUUUUGACGAGGGGAAAGGAGACGAAGGGUGCGAGCAGCUGCCACCUAUGCAAGACAUCAAACUGGAGGAUUCUUCGCCCAAAGAGACGGGCACGUCCUCCGCCAUGCUCAUAUCUGACGACGAAACCAAAGAUGACACGUCGAUGUCAUCUUACUCGGUGCUCAGCGCUGGCUCCCACGAGCUGGAUGAGAAGCUGCAGUGUGAGGAUAUCGCGGACGACACGGUGCUGGUACGAAGCGACAGCGGUUCCAACGGCGACAGAGGAAACAGGCGUCACGGCGGCGGGUCACACGACAGAGGCCUGCCCCACAGCACGAGCAUCGAUAAGGACUGGGCCAUCACUUUCGAGCAGUUCCUGGCGUCUGUGCUCACCGAACAGGCCCUGGUGCAUUAUUUCGAGAAGCCGGUGGAGGUGGCCGCUCGUAUAACCAACGCCAAGAAUGUGAGGAAAGUUGGUCGAACCCUGUCAAUGAGUGACUAUGAGAUCUCACUGUCUGGCUGAGAUUCAACACAAAGACUGUUUUCAAAGGGAAACGCUGUUAUGAGUCAUUGGUGUAAAGACGUCAGUGAGUUUUAGAGGAGACUGAAGGUAAAUGUAAAACGUACGUGUAUGAUAGUUGAACAGUUGUGACCAAAAAUAAUCUUGACGAUGUAUUUUACCAGAUGUGAAAGACUUUUAUUCUAAUAAUCACUAGGGGGGAACACGACAGUAAUAUAAGGUUUGCUCAGAACAAAUCGAUGUGUACAUGUAGUAGCUGUACUUUAUAAGACAUUAUGCAUAGGUGUUAAUAUUGUAAUCUCUAGUACUCUUAGACUAUGUAGAUGUAAAUGUCCACAGAUAAAAGUACAAAUCCAAACUGGGAUAUUAAUAGUUUACGUACGAUCACCUGACAUACAAUCAAACUAUUGCUUCUUUACUUUACAUUUCCAUUUGCUGCUAAUCGCAACAUGUUUUUGUUUCGCAGCUGAUGCCAUAAAAAAAAAAAAAAACAAAACAUCCGAUGCUGUGAAAAUUUCAUGAAUUGCUAACCAUCACUUGGGCUCUCUGUAAUGCAUCUCAGCAGACCAUAUUUGCCUUUUUCACACUAACUCCCACCACUGAUAGUAUUCCCGAUAAUUCUAAUUUUUAAUCUCAAUAAGGAAGAAAAUUGUGAUGAAAGAAAAACUGUCACGUUGUUAUAAAAUACACCUUUUGAUAGGAAUUUGAAGGAAGAUGUUUGUGCUUAGAAAUGAUGAUUACACUAAAAAAAUGCUGUUGUCGUAAAGAGAGCCUGCACCUUAUGUUUACAACAGAACGCCGUCCACUAAUGACUUUGCUUGCCUUUUUGUUGUCGACACUCAUAACUGAAGAGUUGGCGUUUUAGAACCUGUUUUUACUGUUUUUUGGGUUUUUUUUGCUCAGCACAUUUUUUUUACAUUUCUGUUUUUAAGUUGUUUCUAUGUGAAGUAUUUUUAUUUGAAAUGUCCAGUUGUUUAUGCUCUGGAUUCUUAUGCAUUGUGUACCACUUCAUCUAAUUAAAACAAUAGUAUUGUUGAUCUGACACUCCACAGUG